UAAACCCGCUUAAAAUUAAAUUGAUGAGAGAUUGAAAUCCUAGCAUUUGAUGGAGAGGUUUAUCGUGCAUUGGAAAUACGAAAGCUGAUUGAUCCCGCUCUAGGGUUUGCAUGCAGAAGAAGAAAACCCGGGUCUGUGUUCACACAGAAGCAUUCAAUCUUUCCUUUUCCAAGCGAUUCUUUUGGUCGAUUGUUCAGUUAGAGGCUCCCCUCUGCCAGAGCACAAGACAGAGAAAGAGAAAGAGUAAGGAGGAAGCGAGGAAGAUAUGAGUUUCCUAAUGACAACCCUCAGAGAGAAGAAAGAGGUGGACUCGAUCAUCAGGGACACCAUUGACAAGGUCCUAGUCCUCCGCUUUGGCCGCUCCACCGACUCUGUCUGCCUCCACCUUGAUGACAUCCUUUCUAAAUCAGCACGGGAGGUUUCCAAGUUUGCAACUGUAGCAUUAGUGGAUAUCGAUUCAGAGGAUAUUCAAGUUUAUGUCAAGUACUUUGACAUAACUUUGAUACCAUCAACGGUCUUUUUCUUCAAUGCUCAUCACAUGAAGAUGGAUUCUGGGAGUGCGGAUCACACUAAAUGGGUCGGUGCUUUUGACAGAAAACAGGACUUCAUUGAUGUUGUAGAGGCAAUAUUUAGGGGGGCCAUGAAAGGAAAGCUGAUUGUUACUUGCCCCCUGCCUCCGGAGCGAAUACCAAAAUACCAGUUGUUAUACAGAGACUUGUAAAGGGUGAACUCUGGCCUUAGUAAGCCCUGAGGGGUUCUAAAUAUAUCCUAAAUGGCACUUGUAAUACACCUAUUCAGAUGGACUAUGCAAUAUCGGUUUUUUUUUAAUAUUUCCACAGAUCUGUAAAAAUGUAGCAUUAGGUUAUGCAGUGAGGUUUUUUAUUGCAUGCCAUUGAUGUUAAUGUCACUGUAUAAUCUUUCAUGGAUCAUACUCAGUUGCCCUUGGAUAAUUCAAUAAAUGUAGAUAUGAUUUUCCAAUCC